GGAAAAGGAAAAAAAGGAAAAGGAAAAAAAGGAAAAGGAAAAGGAAAAAAAGGAAAAGGAAAAAAAAGAAAAAGAAAGGAAGUCAAGAGAAGGAGCCAAUUGGUUUCUUCCAGCCAUCCUUGGAGAGCAAAAAUGGCGUUUCAUCUGCUCAGAAUUUAAAGUUUCAAAACCUUGGGGCGAAGUUGAGACCCUUCUGGAGCCGCUGGAGCUUCAGAACCCGUCAACCAUGGCCACUGCCGGCAUCGGUACUUCACGCCCUUUGACUCUAUUGCUCUUUCUAAUCAUUAACUUACUUUCCAACACCAUCAACGGAGGUGGCGGCGUCUAUGCUGAUAACGGCAUCUUCAGCGUCAAAUACAAGUAUGCCGGACGGGAACGUUCUCUUAGUACCCUUAAGGCGCACGACAUCAGUCGUCAGCUUCGAUUUCUUGCUGGUAUCGAUAUACCUCUCGGUGGCUCUGGCCGGCCUGAUGCCGUCGGGCUUUACUAUGCCAAAAUUGGAAUUGGGACUCCUUCGAAGGAUUAUUAUGUUCAAGUUGAUACAGGGAGCGAUAUUGUGUGGGUUAAUUGUAUUCAGUGUAGGGAGUGUCCGAGGACAAGCUCUCUUGGGAUGGAACUCACUCCUUACGAUUUAGAGGAAUCCACGACUGGAAAAUUGGUUUCCUGCGAUGAACAAUUUUGCUUGGAGGUUAAUGGAGGCCCACUUUCUGGCUGCACUACUAAUAUGUCCUGCCCAUAUCUUCAGAUAUAUGGUGACGGGAGCUCGACUGCCGGGUACUUUGUCAAGGACUACGUACAGUAUAAUCGGGUUUCUGGUGACCUUGAAACUACAGCUGCCAAUGGAAGUAUCAAGUUUGGAUGUGGUGCCAGACAAUCAGGGGAUUUAGGCUCAUCUGGUGAAGAAGCACUUGAUGGCAUACUUGGUUUUGGAAAAUCAAAUUCAUCUAUUAUUUCACAACUAGCCUCCACAAGAAAAGUGAAAAAGAUGUUUGCUCAUUGCCUAGAUGGAACAAAUGGAGGUGGUAUCUUUGCAAUGGGACAUGUUGUGCAGCCAAAAGUUAACAUGACUCCGUUGGUACCAAAUCAGCCGCAUUACAAUGUCAAUAUGACGGGAGUACAAGUUGGUCACAUCAUAUUAAAUAUUUCUGCCGAUGUAUUCGAGGCAGGAGACAGAAAAGGGACAAUCAUUGAUAGUGGUACAACCUUGGCAUAUCUUCCUGAACUGAUUUACGAGCCGUUAGUGGCCAAGAUACUCUCUCAGCAACACAAUUUGGAAGUUCAAACCAUUCAUGGAGAAUAUAAAUGUUUUCAGUACUCAGAGAGGGUCGAUGAUGGAUUUCCUCCAGUUAUUUUCCAUUUCGAGAACUCACUCUUGUUGAAGGUUUAUCCUCAUGAGUAUCUAUUCCAAUAUGAGAACUUGUGGUGUAUUGGUUGGCAAAACAGUGGGAUGCAAUCUAGAGAUAGGAAGAACGUUACACUCUUUGGAGAUUUAGUGCUUUCAAACAAGCUAGUUUUAUAUGAUCUUGAAAAUCAGACAAUCGGGUGGACUGAAUACAACUGUUCUUCAAGCAUCAAAGUGCAAGAUGAACAGACUGGGACAGUUCAUUUAGUUGGUUCACAUUACAUUUCAUCAGCCAAAAGAUUGAAUACCAAAUGGGGUGUGAUUUUGCUAUUCCUAAUCUUGCUGAUGCAUUGGUCAGCUCAUUCCAGAUGCUUUAGCUAACAAAGAAUACCAACAAAUCAGGAGGUAAUAUUUUUAGAUUCAUAGGAUCAAGUACAGGAGAAAUUCUUGAAAUUUAACUGUAGAUGUUCAACUGAUAGCAGUUGUGUAUAAUGUAAGAGAGAGAGAGAGAGAUUCUACUGGGAAAUUUCUUUCCCCAGGGGAUUCCAAACGUAAAACAUAUCAUCUCUCUGAUUGGUUUGUGUUUAGAUUUGUAAAGUGAAGCCUCUUUUAGCAAAAUUGAGGAGGUUAUAUCUGCAAAAAGAUGUGCAAACCCUCAGCAGUAUAGAUUAUGACAGUAGAAAAAGAGAUGCAGGUAGUUUUGUGCACCCAAAAAGCUUAAAUGCCAGAAAGUAUUUAUUCUACUUCUUGAGGUAUUGAUACUUCUCAAGUUUUGGCCCUUUUUUUGGGUCAUACUCAUUUGUAGAGAAAAAUUAUUGCCUAUAUAUAAUAUAACAGACUGGCCCUUAUGCUGAUCGAUGGCUUAGCUCGUUCGGCUGGGUGGAUUUUUCUCA